CUCGAAAAUAUCGCAAAACUUAGGUUUAUUAAAAUAUCUUUAUUAAAUGAACAAACUAGGCAUUCUAGGUACUUCAUUCAAAAUCAUUGGAACAGUUUCAAUAGGUUAUGUUGCCGGAUCCUAUCUUUGCUUAUCUAAAUUCAUUCUUCCUGCUAUGAAGGAACAUUGUCCUUUAUCAUCUAUUCAACUAUUGCUAGAGGUCGUGAAUAAACAUUGGAUUCGUUAUAUUCUUCCACUUGAAUCAUUUGCUGCAACGUUAAUACUAAGUUCAUAUAUAUUGUCAGAACCACAUGUUUCUCAUCCAUAUCUCCUUUAUAGUGGUUUUGGUGUUGCAUCUUUAAUUCCUAUUUCAUUUUUUUAUAUUCGACCAAAAGUUGCUAAAAUUAUACAGGAUAUUAGGACAAAAGAUAUAUCAACACUUGGUAAAAGGAAUUUAGAAUCAUGUCGUCGAUCGUAUCUUGCAAACACUGUAUUAUCAAGUAUCAUUUUUUUUAUGACAGUGAUUGGAAGUUAUGGAGAUACAUUAUCCAUCUAACAAGGCAAUAUUUACCUUUAUACAUUUAGAAGAAAACGUAACAUUC